GAGUCACCCACCCUAUUACCCAAAGCGUUACGUCGACAGUGAGUGGCAAACGGCCACGUCGACACACCCACGAUGACUCUACCCAUGGGCCUUCAACAAGUGGAUGCCACCAGGAAACGGUCCAGCGACAGCGAACGGCCAGUCAAGCGCCUCAAGCUCAACGGAAAGCCUCAGGCCCAGGCGCAGUUCGAGCAAGCUGGAGAAGGCAAGCUAGUUCGAAGACAUCCGUUAGGCGUUCGCCCAUCCGGGAAUGCGCUCACCGCGUCCGUCCAUCUGAAGACGGCUUGCGGUUAUUUCGCCCUCUUGCAGGACGAGCUCCUGUCCGCCAUGCUGGAGUAUCUGCAAGCGCUUGAUCUCCUAUUUCUGGGUGGCACAUGUCGCGCUCUGCACGCCUUCACCAGAAACGAGGAGUUAUGGCGAGCUUUAUUCGUGGAGUAAGUGAGGUGCUCUCUAGCAUCAAUGUGGCUCAAGCUCAGCAGCAUGCUGAGCAGUAUGGUAGGUCUCCUCCUUCCCAGUUUGCUUGGCAGGGCACAUGGCGCUCUACGUACCUGAAGCAAGCUUCUAAUCUAGAGCCGCGCGUUGAUUGCUUCAACUUGUUUGCCGAUGUACUGCAUCGCCCUUUCUUUUGCGCGCAUGUUCCCUUAUCUCCUUUUGCGGCAGGCAUACCACGUCAGAACGAGAUCGCCCGGCUCGCGGAUCUAUCUCCUGGGGCCUUUAACGCCUUGUGGGUGAAUAAGCCGUUCAUUCUUACCGAACCUGUCAAGCAGUGGCCUGUCUACUCCGCGUGGUCUACCGAGGAUUUACUGGAGAAGUACGGCGAUGUUUGCUUUCGGGCAGAGUCGGUGGACUGGCCGCUGAAGACAUACGUCGAUUAUAUGAGCAACACUCACGAUGAGAGUCCGCUCUACCUCUUCGACCGCGCCUUCGCAGAAAAGAUGGGCCUGAAAGCGUCGGUCAGACCUCAAACUGACGCAGACUACUGGCCACCAGCAUGCUUCGGCAGUGACCUUUUCAAUGUCCUCGGAGAACAACGUCCCGAUCAUCGCUGGCUCAUUGUUGGCCCGGAGCGAAGUGGAAGCACCUUUCACAAGGACCCCAACGCUACUAGCGCAUGGAAUGCUGUGCUCAAAGGUCGCAAGUAUUGGAUCAUGUUCCCGUCUUCAGCUUCACUUCCGCCUCCGCCUGGCGUGUACGUUUCAGAGGAUCAGAGUGAAGUGACCUCUCCGCUCAGCAUCGCUGAGUGGCUACUCGGUUUCCACGCUGACGCUCGGCAAACAGCAGGAUGUAUAGAAGGGAUAUGUGAGGAGGGUGAGGUACUUCAUGUGCCUAGCGGCUGGUAUCACCUCGUCUUAAAUCUCGAGCCGAGCAUAGCUAUCACGCAAAACUUCGUCCCAAGACGAAGAGUAGGUGCAGUGCUGCAGUUUCUGAGGGAUCAGAAGCAGAGCAUUAGUGGCUUCCGAGACGACGUGCCGGAUCCAUAUGCUCUCUUUGUGGAGCGCCUGAGAGUAUCCGAUCCCGAACUGCUGCAGGAAGGUAUGCAAGAACUGGACAAACUUGGCAAAGGCGGCAAAGGACGAUGGGAGGAGCUCAGGAACGGCGCAGAAGAUGAAGCAGCCGAAGGAGCUGGGUUUGCCUUCGGCUUCGGUAGCGACGACGAAGAUGCUGAUGUACCGUAGCCAAGGCUUUCUACACGAGUCCCAGCUACACAGAAACACAUCGCACUAGUACGUCUCAGUGAAUUGGUAAGGUC